AUGCGACCCAUCCUCAUAAUCGGCGCCGGAACCUCGGGCCUCACCCUCGCCCAAGGUCUCCGUCUACACUCUAUUCCCUUCCGGAUCUUCGAAAAACGACCAAACGCACUCACAGCUCAAGGUCAUCGAUUUCGACUUUCGAGAGAAACCUUGCAGGCUAUAAGAUGUGUUCUCUCGCCCGAGCUACAGGUUCUAUUCGAUCGUACGGCAGCGCAGAGCAAUGCGUUCAAGCCCAGAUAUGUUGAUGCUCAGGAAUUCCGGUUUGAGCUGCCUGUUCGGGUUGAAGGAGUGGACUCUCAGCCGGUGGAUAGGUCUUGGCUCAGGGCGUUGUUGAUGGUGGGGAUUGAGGGGGAUGUGGAGUAUGGCAAGGAGUUUGAGUCCUCUCAAGUCCUUGAGGAUGGCGAUGUGGAAGUUCAGUUCACGGAUGGGACGUCCACGCGAGGUCCAAUGCUCGUUGGGGCCGAUGGAGUCCACAGCAAAGUUCGCGGGCAACUGCAGCCUCAGCGGCAGCUUCUUGAUCUCGAACGAUGGAUCAUUUGGGGACGGACACCGCUCACGAGGGACCUUCGAGAAGGGCUUUCUGCGGACACGCUUUCGUGGUACAUGGUGCAAGACGAGGCUGCGAAUAUGCAAGUCGUCGUCGAGCCAAUGAUCUGGACCUCUGAGGCUCGAGAAGCCUCGCGAGGCCGUCUUCCCCACUUCGAAGACUACAUCUACUGGUGCGUCUGCAUCCCCUCUGGCGAAGAAUCCAUCCCGCAGAGUGCCGCAGAUAGGAUGGCAUUGCUCGAACGCGUGACAGAGACCUGGCAUCCUGAGAUCAAUCUCGUAUUGAGAUCCGCCCCAGCCGAGUUAUCGAGCUGUAUACCUGUCUUGUCCAGCGCGCCUGACAUUGGACUGUCCGAGUCCGAGGACACUGGUAGAGUUACGAUUGUCGGGGAUGCUGCUCACGUGAUGAGUCCCAUGGGUGGGAGCGGUGCGUCCACGGCCGUGCAGAAUGCAGCCGACCUUGCUGCUACAAUUGCUACUUCUGGGAGUCUACGAGAUUUCGAGGCGAGGAUGGCGGAGAGAGCACGGGAGAGAAUCGAGCACUCGUUCCAGGGCGGGAAGAAGUUCUGGAAGGGAAAGGAGUGGCACGAGUACCGUGCUGCUACUACUGCUGGAGACUGA